UUUUCCCGCAUCGUACGCCGCAAUUGCAUUUGCAUACUUCAAAUUUUAUCGUUCCAUUUCGACUCUUUCUACGCGUGACAGAAAAUUUUUUGUACCGUGCACAAUGGGGUUAACUUUUAUUGACAUUUGAGCAAUUUCACCGUUUGCAGAUCGGCAAAUCAGACUAGUAAGGAAAAUCUAGGUACAAUGUUGAUUAUUAUGCCUCCUGUAUCGAAAGUAGAAUAUUGGCUGGCCAGUCGAUCUAACAAACAAAUCGCCUUGCAUAAUUUUGUGAAUUCUGAAGCUUGUACCCUUUAAAUAUCUUCAAUGCUAGCAACAGACUCUCAGACAUGGAGGUCAAUGAAAUUGUAAAGGACAUUUUCAGUCCAAAUGUGUAUUUAGAGACUGUCGAUGAAAACUUGAAGAAAGAUAGUUCGAAAGGACUCAGAGUAUCGGAGUAUUUAACCUUGGUAAACAACUAUAUCGAUGCCACCCUGUCGAAGAAUGCUCCGACACAAAAUGUCGAGGAUACCAGAAUUGGCAGAGUAGGGCCGAGUUUGGUCAGAUUCGACAAAUCUACGCUUGAAGGGCUGUGCAUCAUCUCCCCCGACAGACUCUCCAUUAAUUCUAAAAGCAACUUCAGUACGAUGAGAGCGAAUGUUGCCGUGUACAAGGGAAAAUGGAUCUACGAAUUGCAACUUGGAUCCAAAGGUGUUAUGCAAGUUGGUUGGAGCACGGUCAAGUGUGAAUUCAAUCAGGAAUCUGGAGUCGGAGAUACUGUUAAUUCGUAUGCUUAUGAUGGCAAUCGUAUCAGGAAAUGGAACGUAACCACCCACAAAUACGGGGAACCAUGGCUGACGGGAGAUAUUAUCGGAUGUGCGAUAGAUAUGGACGACGGAACCAUUGAUUUUUAUAGAAAUGGUAGAAAUUUAGGAAGAGCCUUUGAAAAUAUAUCGAUGGGUGCUAGUUUCGCCUACUUUCCUACAGUCAGUCUUGUGUUAGCAGAAAAUUUAACAGCAAAUUUCGGUUCUACGCCGAUGCGCUACCCUGUGAAAGGAUACCAGGCGUUGCAAGCAGCUCCGGAGAAAGAAAUAAUUCAAGCUACGUUGUUAUUUAAGUGGCUCUUGAGAAUAGUGGAAUUGAUAAAUAUACAGCAGAACGUAAACGAACGGAGCAUGUUGCAGGAUGAGAAUAUAAGUAUCCAAGCCUUCUUAAUGUGUCUUUCAAGAUCCGUUUUGAAACAUAUAGGACCCCUAGUGACCAUACCAUACAUUACAAAUCAUAUUUCAAUCCCAUUUAUGCAACAACUUUCUGAAACGAAGGUAGAUUCCUCGAAAGAGCAUGCACGGUCGACCGAAGAAUCGUCUCUGUUAUUAACUUUCUUAGAUUUAUUGUGGGCGUUCCUCGAUGAUCACGAAAUCAAGGCGUUUUUAGAGAGUACAGUACUUUAUUUACUGUCUGCGUUCAGGCACGUCACUUUGUUGUUGGAAUAUCCCGACCAGUGCGAGAGUUUAGUUCUGUUGACAAAGAUUUGCCAGCAUCCGUUGACACGACAGUAUUUAUUGCAAUAUUUGCUUUUCGAUCGGGUGAGAUUUGCAGAUUUCAUGCAUGUCAAGCCACUGAACGAGGAAGGCUUAGCCGACGUCGUCAGUGACGUAUGGUGGGAAACGAAUCCCGUGGAUUCGGCCAUUGAAAGUCACAAAACAAGCUACCUGGACGCAUGCGAGAAAAUAAAAGCUGCCAUAUCCGAAGUAGAAAUAGUGCAAGUGCGAUUAUUGCUAACGCUUCUCGACAAUUCUGACGGCAAUGAUAAGAGGCCAACGUCGAGAACUAUAUUCUUAAGAAAAUUCAAACGUUUCGUGCAAGAAAAUCUUGAAUUGAGCCGUCCUCCAUUUCCCAUCACGUUGUGUUGUUUCCACCGGCUUCUGGUUGCAUUCAAAAUAUUGUGGAAUACUGAAGUAGGGACGUCUCCAGUUUACGUGCCUUGCAGGGCAUUCUACGAUGCGUCGAUCGAUUACUCUAGAACCGAGAGACUGGGAGGUGUCUUGUCUCACUUGAACAAAACGUUCAGAAGCGAACUGCUAGAGCAGUUGGGGCCCGAUCACGAGGUGAUCGUUGCGCUGGAUCAGGCUCCAGAUACGUCCAAUGUCCAUAACAGAGCGACCAGGCUGGUGGAUUUGCCUAUAAUUAUGCCAACGCUUGCGCGAGUCAUCAACAUCAGCCCGUCCGGCCAAACUAAUUUUGUGAUCUUCGAGAGACUGGGAUACUUUCCGUCUUUAAGAGAAGACAGAAGCCCGAUGCCCCUGGGCCCCGUGGACGCAACAUUGUCUUUGCUCGAGCUACUCAACAGCAUUAUUCUAUUUUAUCACAUAGUAGCGAAGAAGCACCUGGCGAACGUGGCGACUCUCAGGAACAGCAUGUCGGAGUUCAUUUCCGCCAUGCAAGACGCGAAAGCCAAAUUGGACCAAAUAAAGAACAACAAAGACCCCGAGUCCCAAUCGAUUCAGCAAGAAUUGCUGAGAACGAUCAACGUGUUCAACGUUAAAUUGAUGGAACAAGCAAGGUACAUGGCGUGGGUCCGUGCUGUUGUCUAUUCGGAACAAAAACAAUCGCAGCUGGCGUGGCUUCUGGGAGUGAUAAUGCUAACUUUGAAAAACUCCAGCAAGGAAGGGAACUUGUUCAGCUUCGUACCGGAUUUUUUCUUGGAAGCGUUGACUGAUCUGUGCGUCAGCUUACGGAAUCAGAUGCACCCGACUGUGCGCAUUGAAAAUAUCCCGGAUUAUCGGGAAAUGCUGUUGGACGUAGCGGAGUUUCUUUGCGAGCAUUUCAUGGACCCCCGUAUAGUGAACGCAAAUUCGAAAAGCACGUUACUUUUAACACUGGCCGGGUUUGUGUUCAAUCCCCUCACUCUGGAAGCAUUGGAAAACGUGCCGGAGAAAAGUAGAAUAAAAGUUGUCACGAACCUGUUGAAAUCGUACGAGAACAGAGCGUGGGCCGAGUCGAAUUGGAUUUUGGCCAGAUUUUGGCAGGGUAACGGUUUUGCCUUUCGAUACGAGAAGAGUCCUCAUCUUUCCAAAAGAAUUGGAUCAAGAUUACUGCAACAGGAAUCAAUUUCACAGCCCAUAAAACCAUGUCCAUCCGUUGUAUAUCAAGUUCACGUAAAAGACGUGCUACUAAGGAACCCGCAAGCGUCUGCAAAGUUUUUAAAUUCCUUGCUGAAUCAGUUGAACUGGGCUUUCUCCGAGUUCAUCGGAAUGGUGCAAGAAAUUCACAAUGUCUCGUCCAGGCCGGAAAGAGUGUUCAUCGAGUCCAGACAAUUGAAAAUUUGCGCCACGUGCUUCGAUUUAACGAUUUUCCUGUUAAGAGUUUUAGAGAUGAUCGUUACGAUGGUUCCAAGUAUUUUUAACGACUCGACGCAGUCAUCCAGCGAAAAUUUGUUGUCUAGACUAUGCCAAUUACUCUGCCAAGUGUUGAAUAGAAUGAGCUUGCAAACCAGUUGUUUCCAACAUGUUGUGUUAUUGGAAAUACCAGAGUUGGAAUCGGUGGACCACUUUCCAAUAUUGGCAGCAGUUACUGGUAUCCUGUUGGCUUUGCUCAAUGAAGACAUGCCCACUUUUAAAUCGAAAGGUGUAACGGAAGUGUCAAAGGUGACUCAAACUCUGCUGAUGGAACCCAGCUUUCAAAUGAGCUCCCUUUAUUUUAUGUUGGGCGAUUCGAAAGCAAAAAGUAAAAAAGAACAAGCCACGAAGCCGUUUUCGUUCGCGAACUAUCCGGAUGACGUAACGAAAGAUGAAAUAAAAAUGGUAGAAGGUAUGAUCGAAUAUUUGGAUGAAUGUCGCGCCAUUUUGCCCGAUUCGAAAAUUUUAAGCGACGACGACAACACGUGUACAAUUUGUUACGCGUAUCCCGUGGCGGUGAUAUUUAAACCCUGUCGCCAUCAAACGUGUCGUACCUGCAUCGAUCGACACCUUUUAAACACCAGAAAAUGCUUUUUCUGUAAGGCGACCAUCGACGAGGUCGUAGAUCUCACUGGUAACAUAUUGUACGAUUUUAUCAAUGAAAGUUUAAAUUCGGAACAAUCCACGGAAUCAUUUUGAUGCACCGAUGAACACGUUUGACGCUAAAUUUACGGAACAUUGACUGCACAUAUUUAUACGAAUUCUGCAACUUCAAAUAUGGGAUCGAAACCGUAUCGAAUUGACGGUUUUCGUAAAUCUAGUGUUGGAAGAUCUUAAAUGCAUCGAUGGACAAACCCUGAUGCGUAUUUUGUUCUAAAGUAAUUUAUAAUAGUAAAUUUUUUGUAAAGAUUACGAUAGACUUUAGAG